GACUGCCGGGAGAGCCCCCAUCUUUAAGCGCGUUUGGCUGGCCCGCGGGCGCUCGGAAGUGGAGCCGCUUCCGUCGUUGUUCUUGAGGCUGUGGUGACUGUGGGAUCGGAGUCUUUGAGGUGAGCUUCUUGGAGGCUGGGGAGAGAAGUGUGAGAAAUUUUACAGAUAGCCACAAUGGCUGAAAAUGGAGAUAAUGAAAAAAUGGCUGCUCUGGAAGCCAAAAUCUGUCAUCAAAUUGAGUAUUACUUUGGAGACUUCAAUUUGCCAAGAGACAAAUUUUUAAAGGAACAGAUCAAAUUGGAUGAAGGCUGGGUACCUUUGGACAUAAUGAUAAAAUUCAACAGGCUAAACCGGCUGACAACAGACUUCAAUGUGAUUGUUCAAGCACUGAGCAAAUCUAAGGCAAAACUCAUGGAAGUGAGUGCAGAUAAGACUAAAAUCAGAAGGUCUCCAACCAGACCCCUUCCUGAAGUGACUGACGAGUAUAAGAAUGAUGUAAAAAACAGAUCUGUCUAUAUUAAAGGCUUCCCGACCGAUGCAACUCUUGAUGACAUAAAAGAAUGGCUAGAUGAUAAAGGUCAAAUACUGAAUAUUCAGAUGAGACGAACAUUGCACAAAACAUUUAAGGGGUCAAUAUUUGCUGUGUUUGAUAGUAUUCAGUCUGCAAAGAAGUUUGUGGAGACUCCUGGCCACAAGUACAAAGACACAAGCCUGCUAAUACUCUUUAAGGAAGAUUACUUUGCAAAGAAAAAUGAAGAAAGAAAGCAGAGCAAAGUGGAGGCUAAAUUAAAAGCUAAACAAGAACAUGAAGGAAGACACAAGUCAGGAAGUACUGAAACAAGACCUCUAGAAGGAAAGAUGGGAUGCUUACUGAAGUUUUCAGGUGACUUGGAUGACCAGACCUGUAGAGAAGAUUUACACAUCCUUUUUUCAAAUCACGGUGAAAUAAAAUGGAUUGAUUUUGUCAGAGGAGCAAAAGAGGGAAUAAUUCUCUUUAAAGAAAAAGCUAAGGAAGCACUUGAGAAAGCCAGAAAUGCAAAUAAUGGUAACCUACAAUUAAGGAACAAAAAGGUGACUUGGAAAGUACUAGAAGGACAUGCAGAAAAAGACGCGAUGAAAAAAAUCAUGGAGGAUCAGCAAGAAUCACUAAACAAAUGGAAGUCAAAAGGAGGAGGAGGAGGAGGCCGCAGAUUUAAAGGAAAAGGAAAGGGGAACAGACCUCCCUAUGCUGGGGCACCCAAAGGAAGAGGACAGUUUCAGGGAAGGAGAACAAGAUUCGAUGACGAUGAUUAUCAUCAUCGACGAGGACCAAUGAAAAGAGGAAGAGAUGGAAGAGACAGAGAAGAGCCUGCAUCAAAGCAUAAGAAAAGAGAGAAUGGUGCUAGAGACAAGUAGUUUAGUAAGCAAUGUUUUUAUUCAUCUUAGUUAGAUUUUAAGCUGCGUUUUGUCUUCGGAAGCUUUUAAAAAGAAAAGCGAAUUAGGUCCACUUCAAUGUCCACCUGUAUAAAAAGAAAAAAAUUUGUUUUACUUGUCUUUUUUUUUGUUGUUGUUGUUAUCCAAAUGAAAGUUUUUUAAAAUGUAUAGUUCUGUUUGUGUUUGGAUGAUUCAAAUAUGAAAAGGAAGAUUCUUCCUCUUAAUUGCCUUUGUAAUAUGAGAAUGUAUUAGUACAAACUUGUAAAAUAUAUGCUGUAUAAAAAUA